UGCAGUUCCUUUCCACAGCAUGGGUGCGGCUUUCCUCACUCCACACCAAAAGUUCACCUGCGUCGCUUCAGACAUUCCUCGAAACAGGUCUCAGUGCAGUUACAACACCACAACUCCAGAAGGUGUAGUUCAGGAACAACGUUGUACCAAAUGGGAUUUCGACAAUAGUACCUACACCCGUACUAUUACUUCUGAGUUUGACCUCGUGUGCGACUACAGUUUUCUUCGAGCGACCUUCAAGAGCGUCUAUUUCUUGGGAGCUUUUGUGGGGUCAGUCUUAAAUGGCUGGGUCUCAGACAGAUAUGGGCGUAAGACGAUGCACAUGGCGGGCGUACUUACCUUCGUCAUCCUGGGGAAUGCCCUGUCCUGGCUGCCCAACAUGUCCGCCAUCUUGUUCGCGCGCUUUUUCAUGGGCGUCGGUCACCCUUCCUCCACCGAGACCGGGUACAGUCUAGUCAUGGAGACUUGUGAACCCCGCCUAAGGUCCAUCAUCGGAAUCAUCGUCUAUUUACCUUGGUGUUUCUCCCUCAUCACCCUUGGAGGCUUUGGUUAUCUGCUGAGGGACUGGCGGUGGCUUAUGUUCACCGUGUCUAUGCCGGGGCUUCUGUAUUUGCCCGUGCUGUGGCUAAUGGACGAAUCACCGAGAUGGCUUAUUGUGCGAGGCCGCCACGCCGACGCCCUUCGUGUCCUCCGCAAAGCCUCACGCUGGAAUAAGGUUGAGCUUCCGCCAGACGAUCAGCUGUUCGAGAUCAUGGCGGACACGCAGUCGGAGGAAAAGGAAGCACAGGGGCACGAGGCAGACUCUCCCCGUGGACUGAAGGCGACCCUGAGAGACGUGGCCGCUGGAGCUGUCGUCUUGUUGAGAACCAAAAAGAUCCGGAUGAUAACGCUGUGUCUCUACGCCAACUUCCUGGUGGUGGACUCGGUGUACUACGGCCUGUCUCUGGGCGGCGACAGGUUCGGCGUGGACCCCUUCGCCUACAUGGCUCUCGGGGGCGUGAUGGAGACUCCGGCAAACACCCUGACGAUUCCUCUGGUCCGGAAACUGGGGAGGAGAGCUUCGAAUAUCAUGUGUUUUGUGGUCAGCGGCGUUUCUCUGCUGGCUCUCGGAGUGACGCCCUCGGGUAUUAGCUGGCUGGUGACAACGAUGAUCAUGAUUGGGAAACUGGCCAUCACCGCAGCCUACAUGAUUCUCUACUUCCACGCGAACGAGCUCUUCCCGACAGAGGUCCGACAGCGAGGCAUGAGCACGUGCGCGAUGGUGGCUAAAAUCGGCUCCAUCACAGUCCCUUUCCUGGUGGAAAUCCUGGGUUCCAUCGGAUCGUGGGUGCCGCUCGUAACCUUCGGCGGAGCGGCGUUGGUCGCGGCUGGGAUCACGUCCCGGCUGCCGGAGACUCGAGGGGUCGCCAUGAAGGACACCGUCGCGGAGCUGGAAGACUCGGGUGUUCAGCGACCGCGCAGCGUGACCUUCCUGACCCCGAAUGAGGAGAAGAAGGAAGCGCCUCUGACUGUCCUUAGACGACCAUCGCAAUCCUCAGGGAAUCAUUUAUAGGCCUAAGUGCAGGAAUUUUGAACAAACGACGGAGGGACGAACAAGAAAAUGCACGAAUAUCUCGAAGGACUUCCCUUUGCUGUUCCUUCAGGUUAUGAAGAAGCAGUAAAGCGAGAAGGCCUUCGGCGUAUUAGUGUUUUCUUGUUCAACCCAUUGUUAUUUUACUUACAAUGGGCCUGUGUGUACUACAUACUGUUUCGGUAAUUAUUUACCAUUUAAAAUCCUUUUGUUUGAUUCUGUCUCUGAAAAAUUGAUAAUGCCAAAGGGCCAUUGGCUUUUAAUUGCUUCACUAUACCGCCUAUUGUUUACAAAUUUACAAAUCGUUUACUAUAAAUUGUUCAUGAAUCGAGGUAAUGGUCUGAAUAGGAUCGUUAGAACGUCUUUCACUGCAGGUUCUCUCUCCAUUUCAACUCUAAUCACUUUUUUCCCCCUGCUGAGUGAUAGCCUCGAGGCUUAAGGCCCUGUCACACUGGCACAGAUCCCCACGACAAGUAAAGUCUUUCUGUAGCGAGUAACUUAACUUUAUUUCACCGGAGUGCGUUGCUGUCUCUGCGUGAGGUCACAGCGAGAGUGGUAAAGCUGUAUGAUCUGUAAAUCUUAUUUUACUCGCGAGUAUUGUAUAAUAUCAUUAAUAAAUUCUCUGAACUUGA